AUGGCUCUAGAUUAUUACAUGCUGGAUGGAAAAACUGAUAGAGUGUCUAUCACUUAUGCAUUGCCAGAUUCAAUUCGCAAGGACCAUGAUGGACGUACUGGUGGUCUUGACGCUGCUGAUGGGUUUUCUGUUGAUUGUGGGAAUCAAACUACAGAGGAAGGUGAAGAUGAAAAUGUUGAUGAGUGUGAUGAUGAUGAGAUAAACGAGGACAUCAAAAACGAUCCAGUAAAGGAGGAAGACGGUACUGACCCUGAGGAUCAGGACUACAGCCAAUAUGGGAAUGUGAAGGAUGAGGAUUCAAAUUCUGAUUCAGAGGGUAAGUGGAUCGAAGAACUGGUUAAGGCUCCUCAAAGAGGAUAUGAAAGAAAUUGGGUUGACAAAAUAAAAGUAAACGGAAGUUUUGCUACAAAAGACGAGCUCAUUUCAGAGAUAAGGUUGACGAUUGUUAUGUUGAAGUUUGCAUUCAGAGCUGAUACGUCAUCGAAACGUCUGUUUGUUGCUAAAUGUGUUGUUAAAGGAUGCCAAUGGAGAGUUAGAACAGCUGUAAAGAACGAAGCAAAGACGUUUUGGGACACAAAAUAUGUCAAAACUCAUACCUGUUCUGUUUCAGAUCGGUUGGCUCACCGAAAGCAUAUGACUCCAAGAUACAUUGGGAAGUUAUUUAUAGAGCGUGUGGGAAUAAUUGAUGGGAUUACUGCGCAACACAUCAAAGAUUCAAUGCAGGUGAUGUUUGGACUGAAAAUAGACUACACAACUUUGUAUAAAUCUUUGAUGUAUGCACAAGAAUGUGUGAGGGAAACCCCUGAGGAUGGAUAUAGCCGAUUGCCUUCUUAUUUGCAUCUGAUCGCUGAAGCAAAUUUGGCAUUCAGAGCCUCCAUAGCUGGUUUUCAAUACCUCAGACGGGUCAUUGUUGUCGAUGGGUGUCAUGUGACUGGAAAGUAUGAAGGGACUCUGCUAGUGGCGACAGCACAAGAUGGUAACUUCCAUAUAUUUCCACUAGCUUUUGGAAUAAUGGACUCUGAGAAUGAUUACACAUGGGAAUGGUUUUUUACAAAAUUUUGGGAGUGUUUUACAAACGAGUAUCCGUUGGUGAUAGUUUCAGACAUGCAUCAUUCCAUUAAGAAGGCAUGUGAGACUGUUUUACCGUGGGUAACACGCGGGAUAUGCUAUUAUAAUCUGCAACACAAUAUAGUCACUAAGUUUAAGGGGAAGCAUCUUAUGUACUUGGUCAAACGUGUUGCGUAUGCAUAUACUGUUCAUGAUUUUAACCGGUAUAUAGACGAGAUAAGGCAUAUAAAACCUGAGCUUGCAACGUACCUGGAGGAGGCAGGCAUUCAGUUGUGGUCAAGAGUUCACUUUCCGGGUGAUAGAUACAAUAUAAAGCCGAGCAACAUCGCAGAGUCUAUCAACUCUGCUCUCAAACGGGCACGGGAUUUCCCAUAG